AUGGCACCCCUCAAGCGCUCCAUCCUCAUCACGGGCUGCUCAGACGGCGGCCUGGGCGCCGCUCUGGCCCAUGAGAUGCACCGCACAGGACACUGGCGGGUGCUCGCGUCUGCUCGGAGCCUGAAGAAGAUGGCGACGCUUGCGGCGGCAGGCAUCGAAACCAUGACUCUGGACGUCCUUUCCGAAGACUCACUCGAGGCCGGUGUGGCCUACGUCUCAGAGCUUCUCGGUGGCAGUCUCGACGCAUUGUUGUUGAAUGCUGGUGGUGGCCUCUCUAUGCCACUGAUAGACACUACACUCUCCAGCCUCCGUAACCUGUACGAGCUCAACGUCUUCGCGCCGCUGCGCACCGCGCAGCUCUUCCUCCCGCUCCUCCUCAAGUCCACCAAGCAACCCCUCAUCAUCAACAACACCUCAUGCGCGGCACUCCAGCCCGUCGGCGGUCUCCCCUGGCAAGCGCCCUACAACAGCUCCAAAGCCGCCAGUUCCUCCAUGACACACUCCCUGCGCCACGAGCUCAGCCCCUUCGGCAUCAAGGUCGUCGAGCUGCUGACCGCCUCGGUGAAGUCAAACUUCUUCGUCAACCUUGCGAAUCAGACCACCGCGAGCGCGACCGCCGCUCGGCUACCGGAGGGAAGCUUGUAUGAGCCGGCGAAGGAGGACCUGGAGGCUUUCAUGGGAGGUGGUCAUGCAGAGGUGACGGCCAUGGACCAGACCGUCUACGCGAAGCGGGUCGUCAGUGAUCUCGAGGGAGGCUGGCUGGGUGGGGGGCCGCCGGAGAGCAUUUGGCGGGGCACUUUCGCCAGUCGGGUUUGGCUGAUGCAUAUGUUCCAGGGAUUGGUCCCGGGUUGGGCGACACGGUGGAUGGUGAGAGAUACGGGCAAAGUAGAUGUCGUGGAGCGCAAGGUCAGGGCUGCUAGUAAGGCGAAGGGUAAGGCUUCGUAA